AUGCCAAGUGAAGAAGGAAUAGCUGUUAAACGGCUUUCAAGAUUGUUUGGACAAGGGCUGGAGGAGUUUAUGAAUGAGGUUUUGUUCAACUCAAAUAAUUUUUCUAUUUGGGCUGAAAUGAUUCAAUGUAGUGGCUAUAUGGCCCCAGAAUAUGCAAUGGAAGGGAAAUUCUCGAAAAAAUCUGAUAUCUAUAGCUUUGGAGUGCUUUUAUUAAAGAUUGCAAGUGCGCGAAGAAACACUAGUUUUUAUCAGGAUGAGCACUCUUUGAGCCUUCUUGGAUUUGCAUGGAAACUAUGGAAUGAACAUAGGAUUGUAAUGCUAAUAGAUCCGACAAUAUCUGAUCCGUGCUUCCAAGUGGAGAUCUUGAGAUACAUACACGUAGGGCUGCUAUGUGUCCAAGAAUUCGCGAGAGAUAGGCCUACUAUUUCCACCAUUCUAUCAAUGCUCAGUAGUGAUUUUGCAAAUCUUCCAACUCCAAAGCAACCUGCAUUUAUUGAAAAACAGUUUCUCUUCAAUAUCGGGUCUUCUCAACAUAGCCAUAAGAGAUGUUUUGCAAAUAAUGUCACUGUUACAAUCAUUGAAGGCCGUUAG